UGGUUGCUACUCGCCUAGUGAAACGUUUCUACUGUGACGGUUUUUAGCGGCUCUUUAUUAUUUAUGCAACAUUUAUUUUCAGUGUUUAUAAGACGAGAUGUUUCAACGCUGUUUAUAUGCACGAAAUAGCGCGUAGAUCAGUGUUAUUGUUGUAAGGCUGCUGUUACAGUUGUUAUCAACACGAACGAAAACAAGCAGGAAACUGGAACGCUACAACUCGGAAAUGACGUAAGUUCCGACGUCCCAGUUCCGACUUCCGAGGUUCCGCAGCAUUUAUCCUUUGUUCCCUGUUCGUCAGCAGCCCAGAAGCGGGAGUGUUGAUAAAGCUGUAAGAGAGCUGCAGCAGCAGCAGUUGAUGAACUCUGGAAAGAAGUCCAGCAGCUUGAGGAACAUCUGGUCAAAGAAACUGGAGGGAAGCAGGAGCUCAAACAGCGGCAGGACGCAGCAGAGGAAGAGACACCAGAUGAUGGAUGAUGUUUUCCAGCCCAGAUUAGUGCUGCCAGUAGAUGUUAAAGAAGAGGCUCCUGAAGAACAGAGUCCUGAUGUGGAUCAGCAGGAGCCAGAGCCCCUCCAGAUAAAGGAGGAACAGGAGGAACUCUGGACCAGUCAGGAAGGAGAGCAGCUCACUGUGAAGGAGGAGACUGAUACCAGGUUUCCAUUAACUGCAGCUCCUAUCAAGAAUGUUAAAGAAGAGGCACCUGAAGAACAAAGUCCUGAUAUGGACCAUCAGGAGCUGGAGCUCCUCCACAUAAAGGAGGAAAGUGAAAGAAUCUGGGCCAGCCAGGAUGGAGAACAACUGACUGCGAAGGAGGAGACUGAUUAUACCAGGUUUCCAUUAACUGUUGUUCAGAUGAAAAGUGAAGAAGAUGAAGAUGAACCUCUGUUCUCUCAGCUUUAUGAACACAGAAACAGAACAGAAGACGGAUGUCUUCCAAACAGCAGCUCAGGUGAUCAUAUAAAAGGAGAAAUUAAAGAAGAAGACUGUAGAACAGCAGAAUCCAGCAGGAAUGCAGAUGUAAAUACUCAUGGAGGCACUUCCAGCUAUUCAAAGACUGAAGAGGAGGAUGAUGUGAAGCAUCAUGAAUCUGAGCUUAAACGCUUAUCAGACUCUGAAACUGAAGACAGUGAGGAUGAUUGGAAGGAGAGCAGGACUCCAGGGUCAGACAGAAACACUGUCAACAAAUAUUUGAGCUGCUCUGAGUGUGGAGGAAAAUUUUCUAACAGACGCUCUCUUCAUAGUCACAUGACAUGUCAUCCAAGAUUAACGUCUGCAGAUUGUUUUGGUAAUGAGACAUGUUUCAGAGAGAAGAAAGUUAUAGAUUCACUGACAACGGUCCAGACAGGUAGUAAAAAGUUUAACUGUGGUGAGUGUGAUAAAGGCUUUAACUGGAAACAUGAUUUAAAAAGACAUAUGAAAGUCCACACAGGGGAGAAACCCUUUAGUUGUGAUACAUGUGGAAACAGGUUUGCACACAAAUCACAUUUAAAAACACACAUGAGAACCCACACAGGAGACAAACCCUUUGCUUGUGAUUCAUGUGGAAAAAGAUUUGCCUCUAAGUCACAUUUAAAAACACACAUGAGAAUCCAUACAGGAGAAAAACCCUUUAGUUGUGAUCCCUGUGGAAAAAGAUAUAUCUCCAAGUCACAAUUAAACAUGCACAUUAAAACCCACACAGGAGACAAAGCCCUUAGUUGUGGUCUAUGUGGAAAAAGAUUUGCCUACCAGUCAGAAUUAAACACACACAUGAGAAUCCAUACAGGAGACAGACCCUUCAGUUGUCAUUCAUGUGAAAAACGAUUUUUCUACAAGUCAAAUUUAGCCAAACACAUGAGACUCCACACUGGAGACAAACCCUUUAUUUGUGAUGCAUGUGGAAAAAGCUUUAUCUACAAGUCAAGUUUAGCCAAACACAUUAAAAUGCACACAGGAGACAAACCCUUUAGUUGUGAUGUAUGCGGAAAAAGAUUUAUCUACAAGUCAAGUUUAGCCAAACACAUUAAAAUGCACACAGGAGACAAACCCUUUAGUUGUGAUGUAUGUGGGAAAAGAUUUGCCUCCAACUCAAUCUUAAAAGCGCACGUGAAGAUCCACACUGGAGUGAAACCCUUUACUUGUGAUGCAUGUGGAAAAAGUUUUGUCUACAAGUCAGGUUUAGUAAAACAUAUGAGAAUCCACACUGGAGUGAAACCGUUUAGUUGUGAUGCAUGUUGGAAGAGAUUUGGCCGCAGAUCCGAUUUAAACAUACACAAGAGAAUCCACACAGGAGUCAAACCUUUUAGUUGUGACGCAUGUGGAAAAAGAUUUUCCCGUAAAUCACAAUUAAGUGUGCACAUGAGAAUCCAUACAGGAGACAAACCCUUUAGUUGUGAUGCAUGUGGAAAAAGAUUUACCCAGAAGUCAAAUUUAGACAUGCACAUGAGAAACCACAAAGGAAAGAAACCCUUUGCUUGAGAUUCUUGUGAUUAAGAUUAAACAAAAAGUCAAAUUUAAAACUGCACGAUAACUCACAGAGGGAACAAAGCCUUUAGUUAUUUCCUGUGAUAAAUAUUUUUGCCUUCAUGUGACCUCAAGUCAUCUUUCGACAUCUUUAAACAUACACAGAAAAUACACUGGCGAGAAACCUUUUGGAUGUGAUCAAUGUGGUAAAUUAUGAUUUAUUUUUUUUUAUACAAAUUAAACCAACACACUAAAAUGUACAGGGUUGGUUGACAAAUAAGCCUUGCUUGUUUUUUGAUUUAUUUGUUUGAAAGAGGAUGUUGCAUUUUAAUAAAUCAUACAAAGCCAGAA